AUGGGUGGCCGAUUCGUGGCCGCGGCGUUCGUCUUGGCGCAGCUGGUGUCUGGGGACUUUGUCUACGACGACAAGUUGGGAAGCGGAAAGUCGCCCGUGCUGCCGCUCGGGAGCCCGGAACGCAUGGUGAGGUCCAUAUUCGAGAUCACUCGGACCACCACCGGUACUCUGGGAGCCGUGGGAGGUCAGCACUCUCAGCUGAUCUUGGACUUCGGUGAUCAGGAGCCCAUGUUGGCCGUGGACUUGCACACCGUACGAGACCCUAAGAAACCUGGCUCCCGUCUGAAUCUGGGGGCCAUCUUCGUGCUUCGCAUCCCGUACGAGGACGUAAAGACCUCCAAGAAGAUGAAUUCGGGCCAAACUAUGACCAAGGAGGAGCUCAAAGAAGCCAAGGCCAAGAAUCCCUCCUUCGCGCCCAAGUCCAUUUGGCGUGAGAGUCACCUGUCCUCUGAAGUCUCCGAGCAGCAGGUCUUCUCCUUCCUGAGGGCCUGGCACAAACUCUUCGCACACCGCUACGGCCAGCUCCAGUUCAAUUGCCAGGUGAUGAUCGGGGUUGCUUGGAACUACAUGACAGGCGAAAGUGAAGACAUCCGAUGCCCUAACUGCCAUCUUUUCAAGCUGCCAAGUCACAAAGACCUCCAGGACCUUGGCGUGAUGGUGUGGGAGCGCCAGCAUGCCCUCUCUUGGGGCAACAUGGAGGGUGUGUACGGAGGCCUAGGAGGGGUGGUGGACACUCUGGACCUCCUCAACGGCACGUGUGGCUUCCGAGAUCGCGCGCUGGCUCCCGGCAUCUACGCCUUUCCGUCCCCUCGCAGUCUGCCCUUUACCAAAAACCAGCUGGGCGGCACGGGCACAGCGGUUUUCCGCGCAUACACACUUGGGCUGCACCACAUUGGCUCCAUUUUCGACUUGUCGGACCAUCCACUGGUCUUCCGUGGGGAUCUCAGCUACAAGAAACGAGCCUUCACGGCUGCAGAGCACUCGCUGCUGUACAAGGAUGACAACAACACAUUGGAAGCUGCCGAAGCCACUGGCAUCAAGGUGGGCCCCUUCACCCUUGCGCUGGAUUUGGGUGGCAGCUUGAUGAGGCUUCUGCUGAACUUACCUGGGCACACGACGCACACAGCCACUGUGAACACGGGUGUGGACCUCCUCAAAGAGAUGGACCUGGGCCGACGGGCCGUGAUGCAAGCCGAUGGGCAGGUGAAGUACCGUGGCCGCCAGAGGUUCACUUACGCUGUGACGGACACGCGCUUGGAGAUCGCCACUGGGGGCAUGCUCGACACUUUGAAGAUCCCCUUGGGACUCACCGGGCUGCUGUCGAAGAACAUGAAGUUCGAUCUCCUCAGCAAGCACAACAUGCACGCUGGAUCACGCAAGGAUCUGCGUUACGCGGGCGAGCUGGUGAUCGUGAACAAGAAUCCGGAGCAUGCACAUGACGUGGAGCUUUGGAGCGAGGAUGACGAGUACGAGAUGGUCUUCGACAACGGCUCGGGAUCCUACAAGCCCUACUGGCCAGCACCCCAGCUUGAAGAGCUGCUGCAUUGCAACUUGCCGGACAUCCCAGGAAAGUUCUCGAUCCGUGUGAUGCGUGGCUCCUUCGGUGCCGAUCAGGCGACGCUCGAUGCUUACUGUGACAUUUGGCACGGCGUGGACGACAUUCCCGAGACAGAGGAGUGCAAGAAGUCUCUUGGCUUUGUCGCCGUGCAGCCGGAGGUGCACAAGUGCUGCGGCUCCCCUGCGAAGAGCGACGACAACGGAACCUGCGUUUGGAAGUGGCCUGAGGCCGUGGAGUCCGAUUGCAUCGAGCUGCCAGGUCAUUGCUGCCAGGAGAGCGUUGUGAGCCAACCAGGCUCUUGCUCGGCCGAGGCGACAUGCCAGGCUCAAGUCAUGAAGGAUCCAGGAAACACGGAGGUCUUUUUGGACAAGGUGAAUGCUGGUGUGAAGAAGUGGUGGAAUGGGCGGCGCGAUGAAUGCUGGGCGCGGCAGUGGCGCACGCGCAUGUUCGAGUGCCUUGCAACUCAUGACGUGGGCAAGCCCAGCACGCGCACCGAGACCUGGUUGAGCAGGGUUUGCUCUUCGAACCAGGAUUUGGUGGCAGGCUUACCUGGACAAUUUGCAAAAAUUGGUGCAUCAAGCACCUGCAACUGGAGUAUAUAG